AUGUGUCAGACGUUGGCGUGCAAAACGACAGCACGCCGCGGUCUGGUUCGGACGGCGGCGUGCGGGGUUGAUCGUGUGAUCGUCGCCCUUCGCGGGGCGUUGAUGAUUGUUAGUGGAUCAUCGUCGCCCGGCUCGCACUCCGCCGUCCAGAAUAUGGACAUGACACAUGCGGGUUCGCAUGGUGCGUCGGCGGUUGGCGGGGGCGGGAUUGAGGGUGACGAUGGUCAUGUGGUCUUUCUUGUACAGACUGAGACGCAGAAGGGUACACCCGCGAUACGGGGCGUCAAGUGUUUUUCGGCACUUUUCUCGUUCGGAUUCAGUGUGAUCGGAAACGAUGAGGCGACGGACGAGCGGACGGAGACCACGGCGAACGGCGAGACGGCGCUGGCGACGCGCGAUGGCGACGGGCCGCGGCUGGAGUUCGGCGGGCGGUGGGACUACGCGCCGGCGCCGGAGUCGGUGAAGGUGGAGAUCGCGGCGUCGUACGGGCUGUUCAUCGACGGGAAGUUCGUCGACGCGAAGGAAUCGUUCGCGACGAUCAACCCGGCGACUGAGAAGCCGCUCGCGAAGAUCGGGGAGGCGAGCGAGAAGGACGUGGACCGCGCGGUGAAGGCGGCGCGGGCGGCGCUGGGGCCGUGGAGCAAGCUGCCGGCAAAGGAGCGGGGGAAGUAUCUCUUCCGGAUCGCGCGCCGGAUCCAGGAGCGGGCGCGCGAGCUGGCGGUGCUCGAGACGAUGGACGGGGGCAAGCCGAUCAAGGAGUCGCGCGACGUGGACAUCCCGCUCGCGGCGCAGCACUUCUUCUAUCACGCGGGGUGGGCGGACAAGCUUCAGUACGCGUUCCCGGGGUGCGCCGCGGGUGACAUUGAGCCGAUCGGCGUGUGCGGGCAGAUCAUCCCGUGGAACUUCCCGCUGCUCAUGCUGGCGUGGAAGAUCGCGCCGGCGCUGGCGUGCGGGAACACGGUGGUGCUCAAGCCGGCGGAGACGACGAGCCUGACGGCGCUGCGGUUCGCGGAGAUCUGCGCCGAAGUCGGGCUGCCGAAGGGCGUGGUGAACAUCGUGACGGGUCACGGCGGGACCGGCGCGGCGCUGGCGCGUCACACCGGGAUCGACAAGCUGGCGUUCACGGGGAGCACGGAGGUGGGCAAGGCGCUGGCGCGGAUCAAGGCGGAGCGCGGGGAUGGGAUCGGGCUCACGCUCGAGCUGGGCGGCAAGAGCCCGAACAUCAUCUUCGAGGACGCGAGCGUCGAGCAGGCGAUCGAGGGGAUCAUCCAGGGGAUCUACUUCAACCAGGGGCACGUGUGCUGCGCGGGGUCGAGGCUGUUCGUGCAGGAGUCGAUCGCGGAGGAGGUGGCGGAGAAGCUGCGGAUCCGGCUCGCGUCCCUGCGCGUGGGCGACCCGAUGGACAAGAACACGGACGUGGGGGCGAUCAACUCGAAGGGGCAGCUCGAGACGAUCGAGCGGUACAUCGACAUCGGCGCGCGCGAGGGGGCUGUUCUCCACAAAGUCAACGGCUCUCCGCUCCCGAAGAAGGGGUACUUCUGUGCGCCCUGCUUCUUCACGGACGUGCAGCAGAGCCACACGAUCGCGCAGGAGGAGAUCUUCGGCCCGGUGCUCGCGGUGCAGACGUUCCGGACGCCGGAAGAGGCGCUGAGCCGGGCGAACAACUCGCCGUACGGCCUCGCGGCGGGUGUGUGGACGGACAAGGGGGCGAAGAUCUUCGAGAUCGCGAGCAGGCUGGAGGCGGGCGUGGUGUGGCUCAAUACGUACAACAAGUUCGACGCGGCGAGCCCGUUUGGUGGGUUCAAGGAGAGCGGGUUCGGGCGGGAAGGGAGCGGACGGGUCGGAGACGUUGAGAUGGCGCGUGUUCUCCCGACGAGUGGUCGGAUUCAAUACGACUUGCGUGACGGGUUUGUCAGGGUGGAUUCUCGUCCGCAGCGGCAGUUCCUUGCGGGUUCUUUCAUGUGCUUCUGGUUGAUCGGCUGGGCGAUCGGCGAAGUCAUUGCCAUCGGCAUUCUCGUUUCGGGAUUUGUGACGUCGGGUUCGAAUGGAUCGGGAAGCGGGGGCGGCUUGUUCGCGGGUGGCAUCAGUCUGUUCAUGGUCGUGUGGCUCGCGGGGUGGACGCUCGGCGGGGUCAUGGUGUUCCGGCAGGUGUUCUGGAUGUUCGCGGGGCGUGAGCAGAUAGAAAUCACGUCGCUCUCGCUGACCCACAGGGUCCGGUCGCCGAUCAUGAGCAAGGUCAAGGAGUACGACCUCGCGGAGAUUUCUCGGAUGCGGGUCGCGUCGUUCAACCCGCAUCAGGCGCAGAUGAACGCGAUGAGAGGCGGGAUGGACUCGAUUUCGUUCCGGUACGGCGACAAAACCUGCACGAUGGGCCGUUCGUUGAGCAACGAUGAGGCGGAGGACGUGCUCGAUCGCGUGCGGGCGAUUUUUCCGGAGAUUGUGGUGGACAACAAUGUCUUGAGCGGCACCGGUUUGCGCGUUGCGCGUCUGAACUGGCGUUCUGAAUCAAGGAGUACUCGCAUGAAGAUGAUCGAACGCCUGGUGUGGAUGGUCGCGGUGGUGGUUGGACUCGUUCCGUCUUUGGCGCUCGCGCAGAUGGAGGGGCGGGGAGCGUACGAGGUUGUCGGUCCGACGAUCACGGUGACGGGGGAGGGGGCGGUGGACGUGACGCCCGACACGGCGGUGGUGGAGCUGUCGGUGAUCGAGUCGGGGGCGACGGCGGAGCGUCUGGCGGAUUCGAUCGCGCGGAGCAUGGAGCGGGUGCUGGACGAACUGAAGAAGCUGGACCUCCCGGGCGCGGAAUUCUCGACGACGAGCGUGUCGAUCGAGCCGGUGUACGAGGGGCAGAGCGACGAGGACCGGCGGCUCCGGAAGCGUCCUCGCCUGCUCGGGUACCGGGCGGAGAGCACGGUGGGGGUGCGGACGAGCGGGCUGGAGCGGGUGAGCGAGAUCAUCGACGUGGGGACGCGCGCGGGGGCGAACUCGGUGGGGGAGGUGCGGUUCGUGCUCGAGGACGACCGCGAGGCGCGCCUGCGGUCCCUGGCGCUGGCGGUGAAGGACGCGCGGGAGCAGGCGGACGCGAUCGCGCAGGCGCUGGGCGUGGAGGUGACGGGGCUCGUGAACGUUGGGGGGACGGUGUACGGCGGGGGCGGGUACUCGAUCUUCGAGAACGAGGACGUGUCCUGGCACGAGUGGAUCGAGGUGGGAAAGGUGAUGGCGAUGAAUCGUCGGAUGGCGGGCCUGGUGAUCGGGAUGGCGGCGGUGUUCUCCUCGGCGGCGGUGGCGAUCGCGCAGGAGGGCGCGGCGUGCGCGUGCGCCGGGUGCGCGUGCGCGGGGGCGGGGUCGGUUCUGAGCGUGACGGCGACGGGAUCGGUGGAGAUCGACCCGGACCGCGCGAUCGUGAGCGUGGGCGUGGUGGAGGAGGGGGACACGGCGCAGUCGGCGAUGCACGCGGUGAACGCGAAGCUGGCGGAGGCGAAGGCGGGGAUCGAGGCGCUGGAGAUCCGCGGGACGCGGCUGAGCACGAGCAACGUCUCGGUGUACCCGGUGUUCGAGAACCGGCCGCGGGCUUUGCGGGGAGAGGGCGAGGCGCCGACGAUCGUGGGGUACCGGGCGAGCAACACGCUGCGGGUGCAGAUCGACGACAUCGAGCGGACGGGCGAGGUGAUCGACGUGUCGGUGAAGUCGGGUGCGAACCAGCUGCAGGGUGUGGAGUUCACGACGCGUGACCCGUUCGAGGCGCAGACGCGGGCGCUGGCGGAGGCGACGAUGCGGGCGAAGACGAAGGCGAACGUGAUGGCGGGGGCGAUGGGGGCGACGAUCCGGCGGGUGGUGAGCGCCCAGGAGAGCGGGGCGACGGCCCCGCCCUCUCCGAGGUACGCGCGGGGGGAAACGAUGAUGAUGAGCGACAUGGCGCCGACGCCGAUCGAGGCGGGGAUUCUCACGGAGGCUAUGACGAUGAGACGGUGCGCGACGGUUCUGGCGGUGAUGGCGGGGUGCCUGGUGAUCGGCGGAUCGCUGACGGCUCGCGAGGCGAGCGAGCGUCCGGCGGACAUGACCGAGAAGGAGAAGGUCGGGUACGCCGUGGGCUUCGACCUGGGGAUCCUGACGCUCGAGCAGAUCCGGGCGGACGGGGUGGUCGUGGAUAUGGAGAGCUUCCUUCGUGGCAUCUCCGACGCGAUGCUGGAGCGCGAGCCGCGGAUGAGCGGGAGCGAGAUCUACGCGUCGCUGGCGGACCUGGAGCGUGAGGUGAACGACCGCCUCGCGCAGGCGCGGCUGUCGGAGGACCCCUCGUUCAAGCUGGUGCACGACGAGAACCUCCGCCGGAGCCGCGAGUUCCACGAGACCUUCGGCGCGAAGGAGGGCGUGGUGACGCUGGACAGCGGGGUGCAGUACAUGGUGGUGGAGUCGGGAUCGGGUGACUCUCCGACGCUCGACGACACGAUCGAGGUGACGUUCCAGGGCCGGACGCUCGCGGGUCAGGAGAUCGGCGAGGCGGGGACGGUCCGGAUCGCGGUGGAGACGAUGCUGCCGGGCGGUCGCGAGGUGGCGCAGCUGAUGCGUCCGGGCGACACGUGGGUGAUCGCGAUCCCGCCGUCGAUGGCGCACGGCGCGGCGGGCAAGGCCGUGGGACGGACGGCGCUUUUCAUCCUGCUCGCGUCGGUGCUUGUCUCCGGGACGGCGGAAGCGCAGUACGCGCUGGACCGCGGGCUCGGGGUGUCGCGGGUGAACGUCUCGACGACGAACCACCGCGGCCGCAUGACGGCGAGCCCGUACCGCGUGAACCGGAACACGGGGACGUUCGUGUACGACCGGUCGGCGGCGUACAACGACUCGGCGUACAGCAUGUACCAGCGGAUGGAGGUUGGCCGGACGCUGAACAACCCGACGGUGACGACGCAGAACUUCACGCCGCGUCAGCUGACGCCGCGGGGGCUCGAGCACGGCUCGACGAUCGGUCCGGACGUGCGCGCGACGUCGCGAGUGGCGCGCGGGACGUACGGGGUUCGGAACAACGCGACGCACGCGCACGGCGGGGUGACGUCGCGUGGGUACGCGUCGGUCUCGACGACGUACGCGGUGCCGACGACGCCGGAGACGUACACGCGUCCGGCGGCGCGGGCGAAUCCGGACCGGGUGACGGACCCGGUGGUGACGGAUCGCGCGACGGCGCGGGUCCACCUCCAGAGCGAGACGCGUGAGCUGAGCGCGACGGCGCAGGAGCGUCUCGCGACGACGGGCCACCUGCCGGAUCCGGCGCCGCUCACGCGUCGGACGUACUCGGUGAUCGGCCGGCACGAGACGUACAAGCUGUAUGUGGGCGGCGCGUUCCCGCGGAGCGAGUCGGGGCGCUCGACGAUCGUGCGCGACGAGGACUGGGAGGUGGUCGCGCACGUGUGCCACGCGUCGCGGAAGGACCUGCGGGACGCGGUGAAGGCGGCGCGCGGGGCGCUGAACGGGUGGCGGGGUCGCGACGCGUACAACCGGGGUCAGAUCCUGUACCGGAUGGGGGAGAUGCUCGAGGGCAAGCGCGGUGAGUUCGAGGACGCGCUGCGACGGGUCGUCGGGCUGACGAAGGCGGAGGCGGCGGACGAGGUGGACGAGAGCGUGGACCGGCUGGUCGCGUACGCGGGGUGGUGCGACAAGUACACGCAGGCGCUGGGGUGCCACAACGCGGUGGCGGGGCCGUACUACAACUUCACGGUGCCGGAGCCGACGGGCGUGGUGGUGUGCGUGGCGCCGGAGGCGCCGUCGCUGCUCGGGCUGGUGUCCGUGGUGGCGCCGGUGAUCGCGGGGGGGAACACGUGCGUGGCGCUGUCGAGCGAGGCGGAGCCGAUCACGGCGAGCGUCUUCGGCGAGGUGUGCGCGACGAGCGACGUGCCGGGGGGCGUGGUGAACGUGCUGACGGGGAUGCGGGCCGAGCUGCUCAAGUGGGCGGCGGAGCACCGCGAGGUGAACGCGAUCCACGCGGGCGGGCUGAGCGACGACGAGCGCCGCGCGGUGGAGCUGGGGAGCGCGGAGAACGUGAAGCGGGUGGUGGUGCGGGACGGGGAGACGGACUUCUUCAAUGCGGAGUCGUGCACGAGUCCGUGGUGGAUGGAGCCGUUCGUGGAGAUGAAGACGAUCUGGCACCCGUCGAGCGCUGGGUGGUGGGGGUUGAAAACGGGAAUGGCGUCAACGGGAAUGGGGGGUUGGCCGAUGGGAAGGGCGGUCGCGGUGCGCGACGGCGGAGGAUACGAGCCCAUGGGCGCGGACGAAUCGAAGGCGGGCGGCGUUGGAUCGGUGAUGAACGGUGAGCUUUCGGCGUCGGUCGGCGGCUCUGCGACGGAGGAGACGCAGGGUCCGCCGGUCGCGUCGGUCGACGAGGAAUCAGAGUACGGCGAGCGCGAGGCGUCGGUCUCGCCCGAGCGGCGCGCGGCGCUGUGCGGGGCGAUCGGCGGCGGGUGCGCGUUCGCCGGGGCGCUGGUGUGCGGGCUGUUCGGGGCGCCGGUGGUGCUGACGGCCCUCGCCGGCGCGUUCUGCGGGGCGGUUGGGACGCUGGUGUCCGUGCUGGUGCAUUUCUCGAAAUCGGCGCGCGAGGCGGUCGAUCGGCGCGAGUCGUUCGAGCGGGUGCUCGAGCAGGCGCUGGAGCCGAAGCGGACGGUGUCGUUCGAGUCGCUCCUGGCGUUCUGCACGGACGCGGAGCUGGGCGGGAUCGCGCAGCGGGUGCACGAGGCGCUGACGCGCACGCACCACCACCGCCUCGAGGCGGGGUGGCUGCGCCGCGAGAUGGACACGCUCGCGGACUCCAAGGCGAAGGCGAAGACGGCGGCGCUGCGCAAGGAGGCGACGACGGACCCGCUCACGAACCUGGUGAACCGACGCGGGUUCGAGGAGGGGUUCACGAAGCUCUUCCGCGAGGCGCGCCGGAGCGGUGAGGAGCUCGCGCUGCUCGCGAUCGACCUGGACAAGUUCAAGCAGCUCAACGACACGCACGGGCACGCGAUGGGGGACGAGGCGCUGGUCGCGGCGGGCCAGGUGCUCAACGCGGAGUCGCGCGAGACGGACAUCGCGGCGCGGAUCGGCGGGGACGAGCUGUUCCUGGUGCUCUACGACACGGACCGGACGCAGGCGGCGGGUGUGGCGCAGCGGAUCGCGCAGGCGUUCUCGAGCCACAAAAAGUCCAGGCAGCUCGGCGAGGACUGGCCGACGAUGUCGGUGGGCGUGGCGCUGUCGAAAUCCGACGGGGCGACGACCGAGGCGGACCUGCUGCAGUUCGCGGACGAGGCGCUGUACGCCUCCAAGCGGGCGGGGCGGUCGUGCUCGACGAUGUACGGCGACCUGAAGAGCCAGGGAGCGAUCGUGAGCCAGACCGAGCGAGCCAAAAACACGAGCACGACGAGCGAGGACGCGCGGUUCCCGCUGCUGCUGCGCGGGCUGUGCGUGAUCUUGUCGCUCGCCGUCGGGCUGAGCGCCGCGGCGGGCAUCUGGCUCGGCGUGACGCGGGGCGAAGAGCUGAUGCUCGGGUUCGAGAUCUGCGUGUUCCUCGCGUGCGUGUUCGGGGUGCUGACCGGCCUUGGGAAGUUCGGAUUCGCGCCGGCGCUGUCGAUGUUCAUCGUGGGCGGGACGGUGCUGACGGGGGCGACGCUGAGCGUCCCGGCGUUCUCGAGUGUGAUCGAGUCCGGGAGCGUGAGCCCGAACGCGCCGGGGGCGGAGCUGCUGCCCGCGGUGUACGUGCGGCUCGGGUGCGCCGGGCUGUUCUUCGGGCUCGCGGCGCUGACGGCGCUGGCUCAGCGUCCGUCGAAGUCGGUCCCGCUGCUGGUGAAGGGGAUGAUCCUCGCGGUGCCGCUCGCGGCGGUCGCCGCGGUGUUCGUGGUGGAUUCGAUUUUGAACAAGGUGCUCGCCCUGAACGGGAUCCUGCUCGCCGCGGUGGCGGUGGUGUCGCUGCUGGUGGUGAUCGGGUUCAUCGCGGCGAGCGGUCAUUACCUGAUCCGCGCGUUCGAGGACGCGGAAGGCGCUGACGAGGCUCUCGCACGCGCGGGAAUCGUGGGCCUUCAGCUCGAGUCGCUCGGGCGAGGGCCAGCCCUCGAUGUUGAGCAGGAAGACGUUGUCGCCCGGGAGCUGGGUGACGGAGAGGUUCUCGAUGGGGGUGUCGAGGGUGACGCCCUUUCGGGUGGGGUCGGGGCCGGAGGGGUCGGGGAGGGUGACGAGCAGGCGCCGGUCCGUGAGGAUGAGGAACCGGGAGAUGCGGAGGGAGAGGGAGGCGGCCAGGAGGGUUCCGGGUCCCGGGAGGAGUGUGGCGAGGAGGAUGAGGGACUGCUGGGGUCCGUCGGGCCGUUUCUGGGCGACGCCCCAGCCGAUGAUCCGCUCGUCGGGGUCCAGCGAAUCGCGCAGGAGGGUGCGGAGCUGGAAGGGCGAGGAUCGAAGAAGAAGGAGCCUGUCGAGCUGACGCCCGGGCACCGCGUUGUCCUGUUGAAGGGCAAGGAGCGGUUCCUGAUGGGGCUGUUCGCGGACCAGCUGAUCGAGCGGCUGCGCGAGACGCACGGGGACGUGGAGGUCUCUCGGUUCGACGGGGCGGAGGCGACGCCGGCGGACGUGCUGGACGAGUGCCGGAGCUUCGGGCUGCUGAGCGCCCACAAGGCGGUGGUGGUGCGGAACGCGGAGGACUUCGUCUCGAAGGAGCAGCGGGCGCUGGUGGAGCGGUACGCGCAGUCGCCGAGCGAGGGGGCGACGCUCAUUUUGCAGGCCGAGGGGUGGCGACCGGGGAAGCUGGACAAGAUGAUCGAGGCGGUGGGGGCGAUCAAAGAGUGCGACCUGGUGAAUGAGACACAGGCGAUGCGCUGGGCGGUGGGCCGCGCGAAGGUGCGCCACGGGGGCGAGCUGGACCCGCGGGCGGCGGAGGAGCUGGUCGCGCGGGUGGGGCCGGACCUGGGGCGGCUGGACAGCGAACUCGGGAAGCUGGUGAGCGCGGCGGGGGCGGGGCGACCCGUGACGCGGGAGCUCGUGGCGGAGAUGGUGGAGCUGAGCCGCGAGCAGGCGGUGUGGCUGAUCCAGGGGGCGCUGGCGAGCGGCGACGCGUCGCGGGGAUUGCACAAGCUGCACGAGCUGAUGGAGACGAGCGGGAUCGACGCGGUGCCGAUGCGGUACUUCUACGCGGACGUGGCGCGGAAGGUGCACCAGUACGCUCGGGCGCGGGAAUCGGGGAUGCCGGGGAACAUCGCGAUGCGUCAGGCGAAGAUGUUCGGGGACGGGGUGAACGAGAUGGUCUCGCUGGCGGAGGCGGUGGGGGGCGAGGGGGCGCGGGCGCUGCUCCGGGCGAGCGUGGAGGCGGAUGUUCGGGGGAAGACCGGGCAGGGGGACCCGGUGCGGGGUCUGGAGAUGCUCACGGUGCGUUUUUCGGAGGAGUGGCGCUUCGAUGACUCUGGGCCCGCGUCGAUGCGGGCGGAAGGCAGGACGCCGAUGUCUGGACGGGGACGGAUCGCUCUUUCAUCGUUUCGCGUGAUCGCGCUGGGGCUCUGCGCCGGGGCGGGGCUAUCGCUCUCGGGGUGCGGGACGGGCCAGGCGGCGAGCGCGGACGCGUCGCCCGGCGAGUUCGAGGAGACGACGAAGCUGCUGGAUGAGUACGCGGCGCGGAACGCGACGGCCGAGCGGGAGAUCGCAUCGAGCGAGGCGGGGGAGCUGCGGUCGAACGUGACGCCGGUGACGACGGCGGAGGGUGAGAUCGUCCUGGACGACGAGGCGACGCGAGCGGCGCGGGGCGAGGCGGACGCGACGCCGGCGGCACGGGCGAAAACCGCGACGGGCGCGGACCUGGACGCGCAGAUCGAGUCGUACGCGACGGAGCUGGCGGUGAUGCUGGCGGAGCGGGCGACGCGGGACGAGUUCGGCGUGGGGUACGGGGAUCUGGCGCGGCUGGCGAUGCUCGACGCGGUGGCGCCGGGGCUGUUCAACACGUACUACCUCGACGCGGCUGGGGCGACGGCGCUGACUGACGCGCAGCGCGAGGCGCUGACGCUGUGGCGGGCGCUGGUGCUGGACGCGGUGGUGGAGAUGGAGGAUUCGCUCGACGAGGAGCGGCUGGUGUUGUACCGCGAGGUGCGGGAGCGCGAGGAGGCGUGGCGCGAGUGGGGGGAGCUGACGAUCUCGGACGCGUCGCUGUGCACGGCGGUGUACGGGUACGGGCACUACGACGCGAUGAACGCGGACGAGGAUGGGCGGUUCCGGCUCAUCGCGGGACGUCGGUACCGGGCCGUGGUGUACGUGGAGGUGGAGGGGUUCACGCACGAGCCGGCGGUGCGCGAGGGCGUGGAGGGGUUCGAGAGCAGCGUGGCGCUGGGGAUGAGCCUGUACCAGCAGCAGGGCGAGGGGAGCGGGUCCGCGGGGGGAGCGGGCGACCUGCUGACGUGGAAGACGAGCGAGGAGUCGGUGAAGGAUUUUUCGCGUCGGGCGCGCCGGGACUAUUUCCUGGUGCAGACGGUGGAGCUGCCGGAGACGCUCUCGACGGGUCGGUACACGCUGAAGGUGCGCGUGCGUGAUCUGUCGAGCGAGCGUCAGACGGAGCGUCUGGUGCCGAUCGACGUGGUGUCGCUGGAGGGGGCCCGCGAAGACUCUUCUGGAUUGCUUGUGGUGAUCUCGGGGCCCUCGGGCGUCGGGAAGACGACGAUCACGCGCGCGGUGAACGAGCGUCUGGGCGACACGGUGUUCUCCGUGAGCGCGACGACGCGGGCGCAGACCGAGGCGGACCGCGACGGGGUGGACUACCACUUCCUGACGGCGGAUCAGUUCGACGAGAAGGUUCGCGCCGGGGCGUUUUUGGAGCACGCGGAGUACGCGGGCAAGCGGUACGGGACGCUGCGUGAGCCGGUGGAGGCGGCGCUGGCGGACGGCAAGACGGUGCUGCUGGAGAUCGACGUGCAGGGGGCGGAGCAGAUCAAGGCGCGGAUGCCGGGGGCGUUCGCGCUGUUCGUGCUGCCGCCGAGCGAGGACGACCUGCUCGCGCGGCUCCGAAACCGGAAGCGCGAGGGGGAGGAGGCGAUCCGGCGCCGGUUCGAGAUCGCGAAGAACGAGAUCGCGCGGGCGAAGGCGUGCGGCGCGUACGACGUGUUCAUCGUGAACGACGACGUGGAGCGCGCGAUCGACGAGGCCCUGACGCUUGAUCAGGUCGAGGAAUUCGAGGUUCGAAUAAGUGGGGGUGAACAGUCUCAAUCGGACGGCCUUGAGCGCGUCGCGGACGGUGACCGGAUCGAGAUCGUCGAGAUUCGAUACGAAUUCAUCGGGGUGCAGCGACUCGACACCGUAUCGAGCGAGGGUGCCGCGUGGGAAGUCUUUCAGGUUGACGGUCACGAUCGCGUCGGCGUUGCAACGGAUCGCCGCGGCGAGGACGUGCCGGUCGUUCGGGUCGGGGAGAUGCAGGCUCUCGAUAAUUUGCUCGUAUCCCGUGACCAAAGCGCUCGGGACCGCGCGAUCCAUGUGCGAGCGUGUGCGUGCGAGGUUUUCUGGUUUCAGGUCGGGCCUUGA